AUUAAUUAAUAGGUGUGUUUCUCUCUCACAGGCUGGUGGUAAGGCAGGGAAGGACAGCGGGAAGGCCAAGGCGAAGGCAGUGUCGCGCUCACAGAGAGCUGGUCUGCAGUUCCCUGUGGGUCGGAUCCACAGACACUUGAAGACUCGCACCACCAGCCACGGGCGAGUGGGUGCCACUGCUGCUGUCUACAGUGCCGCGAUCCUCGAGUACCUCACCGCCGAGGUGCUGGAGCUGGCAGGCAACGCUUCGAAGGAUCUCAAAGUCAAGAGGAUCACUCCCCGUCACUUGCAGCUGGCGAUCCGUGGUGAUGAAGAGUUGGAUUCCCUGAUCAAAGCCACCAUUGCUGGCGGAGGUGUCAUCCCCCACAUUCACAAGUCUCUGAUCGGAAAGAAGGGACAACAAAAAACAGCGUAGAGAGGAAAAAAAAA